CCCCGCCUGGAGCUGCUGGGGUAAGCAGCAAGUGACCGGCUGGACGUCGUGUUUCAUCAGACAAUUUCCGUCGUCAGCAUCGGCAGAUAUUCUUCAAUCGCCCGUUGUUGGAUGUCUCAGCCUCCUUUGCAGCUUUCAUCGCCCUUGGCCAUCGCAUCCCUUCGCUAUACAUCUCUGCCGACCGAGCCGUCGCUUUACCGCCGGCCUCCUUCCACACCAAACUUCCCCAUCUUCCGCCGAUGAUGUAAUUGGAGACUGCUAUUGGGUUGACAAGAUUGGAAGCCGUUUGAACAUCAUGACAAGCUGUGGGAAGAGUUGGAGGUAAUAUCGCAGCGACCCUUAUCAUCUCCGCCAGCCAUGGUUUUCAACACCUUGACUGUCGCAUCGGCAGUCACCCCGUCCGUCAUCGAGACCUACUUCUCCCACUACCUCAAGCGCGGCCCCCUUCGGCACAAGCCAACUGCUCACAUCUCAUAUCACGAAGGCCUGCGCCUGGUCCGAGAGUUUCUCGAGUACUCUUCCAAGCACACGGUUGAGGACAUUCAGUCUUUCACCGGCCAAUGGGUGCCUGCGCCGCACUGGGUACGCAUCAACGAUGCUGAAGUGGCGCCCCAAUUUGUUGAGCGCGCCGCUCAGCUGCUUGCCGCCCAGUUGGGCGAAAGAGGCCUUGCAGCAGUAGGGGGGAAGACCUGGUGGCAAUGGCGACGCCCAGAGACUCCGCUCCGAGCAGAGUGGAUCGAGAUGAAGAAGGACUAUCACGAACGGCACCGCACAGGACGCAAAUGCGAACGAGUCAUCCUGUACAUCCAUGGCGGCGCCUACUAUUUUGGCAGCGUGGACGAGCAUCGUUACCAGAUGCAACGCCAUGCGCGUAAACUCCGCGCUCAGGUGCUGAGUCCGCGUUACCGUUUGGCACCCCAGUUCCCCUUUCCCUGCGGCCUGCUCGAUUGCCUGGCCACGUACUUCUACUUGCUACAACAUUUCCGCCCGAGUCAGAUUCUGAUUGCUGGCGACUCGGCCGGCGGCGGAAUGGUCCUAAGUGUGCUGGUCGCCCUACGAGAUCAAGGACAGCCCCUCCCGGCUGGCACCAUCUUGCUUUCGCCCUGGGUAGAUCUUACCCACUCGUUUCCCUCGGUGGAUGGCGACGGCGAUGGAGAUUAUAUCCCGCCUUACGGCUUUCACCAUCGGCCUUCUAUGGCGUGGCCCCCGCCGCCAAGCGAUGGAAUGAAUGCAAUCGAAUCUGGUCCCCCUGUUCCAGGAAAUGUGGUUGAGCUUCCGGCCACGGCUGGUUUAGACAUGAAACAAAGUCCCAGGCGCCGAAGUAGCGAGGAUAAUUCUUCAAGGAAGCCACAAUCACAAAGAGUUGCGCCCCCGACACCAGAUGCAUCUGUGCCGGUAUUUGGAGCGAGUCUGCGUAUGGAGCUCGACGGCGAGAGCAUCGAAUUGAAAGAACAAAUCCAACUCUACACUACCAAUAACCUUCUGGCACAUCCGUUGGUAUCGCCGGUGAUGCAGCCUUCUCUCGGUGGACUGCCGCCGAUGUUGAUUCAAACGGGUGGCGCGGAACUGUUAAUGGACGAGCAGGUCUAUCUUGCACACAAGGCCGCGCAUCCGAGCGAAUACCCGCCUAAUGAGACGAUCAUGCGCGAAUUUGAUCCACAGCGCAAGGCCUUGGAGAAGUGGCCGCCCACGGAUGUGCAGCUGCAAGUGUGGGAGGAUCUGUGCCACGUACCACACACAUUGUCUUUCACUAGACCUGCGAAAUAUAUGUACCGAUCAGUUGCGCAGUUCGGUGCUUGGGCGCUGGCACAUGCCCAGCAGCAGGGCAUCGACAUUCAGAAUGACGACACCAUCUCCGUCAUUAGCUCCGGCGGUGACGAGGACGAGGACGAGGACGAUGAUGACAGCACGUCUGGCGCAGGAAGCAAGCCUUCCAGGAUGAGACAGUCAUCCAAAUCAACAGAGGCUGUCGGAAAGGCAGGAGAUCCGCUCCCCGCCUUCAAGGAUCACAUGAUUCGACAACGUGUCACGAGACACGGCAUCAUAUACCCUCUCGCUCCAGUGUCGGAGAUCUCUGCCCUGGCGCUCGAUCCAGCAUUGAUCGGUGUGCCAAAGCCUGGUCCGGUGCGAAAAUGGCUUGCCACACAUCAAUUGAGCGAGCAGAAAUUCGCGAGUGAGAGAAAGAAGGUGGACAAAAAGCGCGCCGCGGAGCUAAAUUCCGGCUACGAUGUCAUACCUGGGGAGAAUCCGCCUCCAACGGCUCUGGUGAACCGGCGAAGAAAGGGAAUCGCGCCGGAAGAGAAGAAGAGAGGAAGAAGCUGGGGCUUGAUGAUGUGGUCGGGAUGGGGCAGCAAGCACGACGAAACGACGUUGGAAAAGGAGCAAAAGUCGGAAGAGGAGGCUGUGCGAAAAGCCAGCGCCGCGAGUGCUCUGGAACUGGGAUAUGGUAGCGGGAACCUGCCAGUCUCGAGCCCCCUGAGCCAGCGACGACGAUCUAGUAGCGUAAAUGCGAUGCGCUCGACGUGGCAGUCUCGAUGGGGAUCUUCGCGGGAGCGCGAAAGAGCGAAGACGCCAGACACAGCGUUGCGAGCGCCGCAUGAGCAGAAGGUGGUGGAUCGUGGACAAGCCGAUGAUAGCAAUGCCACUGCAUUGCCCGCCAUCGCCUCAACUACACGUCCCACGAGCAACUCUCUUAGCUCGCCCAUUCCGCUCGAACCAGACACCACUCGGGGCGAUGCGCCUGUGAGCAGCACGAACGGAGCUUUCAUCGCCCCAACAACUUCGAUCACAUCGCCAAGUAGCGAGAAGAUCGCAGGCACGGACCACACGUAUCUUAGUCCUUCGGGAAGUCGACCGCACAAUGGCGUUCAAGCGUAUCCUUUCAAGUUGAGAGACGCUGGUGCAAAGGCUGCAAGUACAACAACGCUGGACAGCCAAGUUCCCUCCUUGCAAGAUGCCACUGGGGCCAGCAGGCCUCAUCAGGAGCUGCCAGGAGAAGCUGUGGCGCCUGUGGAACUUCCCGGGGCUGGAGACGGCCAUGCCAUGGGGAAGCUUCCAGAUGCCAGAGCCGGACAGCCACUACCCCUACAAGAAGAGCAACGUAUCCCCUCCACAGAGCCAACGACCUCACGGGGAGGAGAUGCAGUGAGUCCCGCCGAUUCUGCCAUGCCUGAGAAGCCACCAUUCAAACUUCGCAACCCCGUGUUUGGUGAUCGCACAUCGAUGCUCGGAAGUAUUGGGGCGGACGGGAUGCCAAACGCCCACUACCCCUUUCUCGGCGAGGAGAUGCCCCAGGGGCCUGGAGGCGGCGUCGACGACACGCAGAAAGCGCCGCCGUUCAAAAUACGCUCCACCGUCUACGAGCCCGACGUGACGCUUGGCACCCCCAAAGCUACCGACUACUCUCAGGUGGUGCCCGAGCAUGGCGACUGGCUCCAAACCAGAAGCGGAGGUGCGGCAGUGCGGGAGAGCGGUGUAUUUGGCGCGCAGCUCAGCAAUCAGCGCAUCGUAGGCGAUCAGCGCGACCAGUCUUCAUCGUCCUUCAGCACGCCGGCGGCGAGCGCCAGUGGCACGUCUGGAACUGCGAGAACUGCAGAAGCCGGGGAUGGUAGUGAUGAUACGCCGCCGCCACCGCCACCCAAAGAUGAAAACUACUCUCCAGCUCGGAAGGCUGCUGGCGGAACUGCAGCGGUCCCUGCAACGGACGGGGCUCCAGUCAUUGGCGAUCUGAGCUUCGAGCAGAGCGGCCAGACGAAGGCUUUCUUCACCUCCACGGGCAGUAGUUGAACGUGCCUUUGGGUGCUGGAACUGCUGGGGGGAGCAAUGCAGACAAGUGAUAUGUACAUGCGUGUAUCUUCGAGCAAUCUUAUAUCAUGUCUGUGAAAUGAAGCGUGGAAGUACCU